CCUGGCAACCGUCGCGCAGCGUCUUCCUGAGGGAGCUCCUGUCAGCCCGCGGAUCCUAUCGCCCGCUCCCCACUGCCCGGCAAUUUUCGCGUGGGCUCAGAGGCGGAACGACAACAAAAAAUGGCGGAGCGGAGCCAGACGGCGCCUGAGGCAGGCAGUGACAUGGGAAAUGAUGAUGCCAUCGGAGGGAAUGUGAGCAAAUAUGUGGUGCUUCCAACUGGAUACUGUGGACAGCCCAAGAAAGGACAUCUUAUCUUUGAUGCUUGCUUUGAAAGUGCAUCUAGUAUACUACCAGAAACUGACUCUGAUAAAAUGGAAUUAUACGAUUUAUCUGACAGAUAUUUCAAAGUAACUGUCAUAAAGAUUUUUACCAAAAUCAAGAAAACGUCGCAUGAACCAAGUGAGAAUUUCAACAAAGAUAUAGAUAAUACUGAAAGUUCCAAAUAGAAAGCAUGAAGCUAAAGAACACAGUAACUGAACUGAAAAAAUUUCCUAGAAUACUUCAGCAUCAGACUAAAGUAGAAGAAAGUAUCAGAGAAUUUGAAUACUCAUCAUUGGAAAUGAUUCCAUCAAAGGAAUAAAAGUAAAAAGAAUGAAAUAGAGUGAAGAUAGCCUAAUGGAUUUAUGGGAUACCAUAGAACAGAUCAAAAUAUGUAUUAUAGGAGCUCUAGAAGAAGAAAAGAAAGACAGAGGAAGAACCAAAGGAAUUUUAAAGGAGGGAAGAAAGAAUAAAAUAAUCU